UCGAACGCGGAACGUAUCGUGUGUUCGUAUAGCUUCGUUACCGAGUGCUUCAUUCGGGCGACCCUGUCGUCUAUCGUGUGCACGAUGUCGUGUGUACGACGUACGUGACGUGGGAGAAGACGCGGUCGCGAUUCCGAUUCUACUACUAUGCGAAGCCGGCAUUGUUCGUCGAGGCGAAAAAUUUCCGCUUCACCGAAUGAUCGAAUCUUUCCGUUCCCCGAUGCCGGCAAUUUUCGUCCGUUUUCCUUUCCUUUGACACUGCUCGAAUAAUUUUACACGCGCCACCUCCCCUCUGAAUUAUUUCGAUUGUUUAUAAGUUCGUCAAAUAUUUUUACGCGAAUAUUCGAACGCGAGUUCGCAUCGUCUAGUCGCAACUGGUUCGAUAUGCUGGCUGUACAAUUUUUAGAUCUAUAACGCAGUUUCAUAAUACAGUUUAAUCUCCCUUGAAUUCCUGAACUUACAUUAUUAGCGCCGGAUAUUUUUGGUGAGAUUCACUUCCGCCAGCGCGAUUGUUAUUAUCCUUUUCAUCCGGACGAUUAUUCCGCCCGCAAAAUGAACGUGCGCAAUAUUCCAGCGAACUACAAACGUUAAAAUGUAGAUCGGCAACGCAUAUCUUUCUUUACGUUUCCCCGGGACAUUUGUUCAACGCGAUUGUGGGCCGAUCACGUGCGUCCCCUCGUGCAUCCCUGCCACUUCCGGUGGAAUACCUUAUCGCGCACGUGUGACAAAUCGGAAAUCGAACGAGUUCCGUAACGUGAAGACGUCUCGGGGGUGUGAACUUGAGCGCGAUGGACAUCCUCGCCUCGUUUGGCUCGUAAUUGUGCGGCCGAGGAGAUAUAUAUAGUAAGAUAGAAAGUAAAGAAAAGGGAGAGGAGAGACAACACAGAGGAAAACCGCCGACGGGACGGCCGUCGAAAGGGACGAGGGCAAAAUGAGGGCUCCGUUGCUCCUCUUGGGCGGCAUUGUUGUACUGUCGCUCGCGGUUGCGAGAGCUCUCUCGUGUGUGUGCUCGCCGCUGGAGUGCGACGUUCUCACCGACGAGGAUUGCCCCGGAGGUCUCGCCUGGGACCCCUGCAGGUGUUGCAAAGUAUGCGCGCGUGUCGAAGGCGAACCUUGCGGUGGUCUCUUCGGUUUUUCGGGUAGCUGCGCCGUGGGUCUGCAAUGUGUAAUCACGAAUCUAUUGCAUCGCAGUCGAGAAGUGGACGAGGGCGUGUGCACGAAGAUCCCGGGCAGAUGGAGGAGGCACUGUCCGCACGGGCCGAUGAUGUCGGGUCCCGGUUGCAACUUGGUCGGCGAGGGAACCGCGACGGCCGGGACCGGAAAUGCGGCGGCCGCCGGCAAAUGCGUUUGCGGUCCGUCGGUGCCCUGGUGCCCGGGUGAGCCACGACCCUACAUGUACACGACGCGGCACGAGUGCAAGCUCAAUUUGGAGGCGAAAAUUGCUUACGAUGACCUCUAUAAUUCUGGAGACACGCCGAGCAGCGUCACCGAGGAUCACAACAUUGUAUACUACGACUCCGCUGUCGCGCAUCAUACCGGCACGUCGUUCGGCGAGGCGGCGCGGACCGACGACGAUUGGGAGGUGGGCGAUGAAAAAGAAUCGAGACGGAACGGCGACUGGAAUAAGGACGACGAGAGGACCACGCGGUUCACCAGCUGGACAGCUGGAGCCGCCGACGGCUGUCCUGCGGACAGCGUGCCGAACGAGGAGAACGGCGGUUGCAAAUGCGCGGACUGUCCACCCCGGAAGUGUCGACCGGGUCAACGGCCGGUGCUGGUGAGGGGCACGUUUUCCGGGACCCCCGGUAAUUGCUGCCCGCGCUACAAUUGCGUUCCCUCAGAUCACCAUCAUCGGAUCGAAUCGUCGUGUCCCGAGGAUAGCGUUUUAACGGAUGACGGUACCUGCAAAUGCGUCCCAACGUGUCCACCGCCCAAAUGUCGACCUGGUCAACGGCCGAUUCAAGUACGAGCAGCCAAACCCGAAACGCCCGGUAGCUGUUGCCCUCUUCUCGACUGCAGACCCUCAGAUCCGAUCUCCUGGGUGAAACCCGAGGAAAAGCCGCAGAACUGUAUUCACGAGAACGUGUCGAGAAGACUCGGCGAGGAGUGGAAGCAAAACGAAUGCGUCACUUGCGUCUGCAACGAGGACGGAACCGCGUCCUGUCAAACUACCAUGUGCAAGUCCUGCGAGAACGCGAUACAGCCCGAUCCUGGCGAGUGCUGUCCUCACUGUCCACCGCCUACGAACAGUAGCACCGGCUUCGAUCUCGAUUCUGACAACGAGUCUUGCGAAACGUCGGUGGACGAUUGCAAGAUGAAGUGCUUCCACGGUUUGCGCACCGAUAAAAAUAACUGUCCGAUUUGCGAGUGCGCCGACGAUUUGGCGGUCGACCUCGCGCCGGAUGUGCUACCGGAGGAUUACAAAGUUUGUCCGGAACUACCGCACUGUGGACUAAACUGCGACCUCGUCAAGGACGAGGAUGGUUGCACGGUGUGCGCCUGUCAGACGCCGCCGCGUUAUUAUCCGCCGAACGACACCGCCCUGGACGCGUCUAACGACAAGAGGAUCUGUCCCGAGGUCAAAUGCGACCUUCACUGCGAACGCGGCCUCGUCAUGGACGAGAACGACUGCACCUUCUGCGAAUGCAAGCCGUCCACCGCCGGCUGCGUGCCGCUUGUCGGAUGCAGGAAAAGAUGCAGUUUCGGUUACAAAACGAACAAACGCGGCUGUCCCAUAUGCCGCUGUCGAGCUUCGUGCAUGGACCAUUUGAACAAGACGCAUUCGGAGGGAUCGACUUGGCACCCGAACAGCUGCACCACGUGUACUUGCGAGGCCGGCGGACGGCUUAAUUGUAAAGAAACCAUCUGCUCGGUGGCUUGCAGUAAUCCGCUGCCACCGAAAUCGGGCACUUGUUGCCCCCUGUGUCCGAUUACGGCGAUUGAGAAGAACGACACGGUUAACCAGAUCACUAGCCGAGGUUGGGGCACAGUGCCGAUUACGUUAAUUGUCGUACUCGCGCUACUGUGCCUAUUACUGAUUAUCCACAUCGUACGCAACCGAUUCCGCGGCCGUCUGUCACCCUCGGAAGCCUCGUAUGCGUCAUAUCCGCCGCAAUAUUACAAGUGUGUGCCCGCCUACGACACCCCGGUGCAUCGAAACGAGAAAAUCGUACCUUUGUAAAAGACUGUCGUUGAUCCCCAAAGAGAGCGCGCGAUUAUCAGCGAACACAAUUUUGCGAUUACACGCAAAUGCAAACGAUUCACUAACUGUUUUAUAUACGCGAUUGUCGAUAUAAGAGCCGGUGACUUUGAUCGCUAUAUUAACUCUUAAAUAAUGAAUCUUUCAUUUGUAAAUUACGGUUUAUUGUUCAUAAACAAAGAAAUGCGGCAAAGUAUUCUACAAACUUUUCAAAAAUCUUUCUAAAAUUAUACAAACUCUAUCAAGUUAGAAUUUUGUCAAGUCCGAGACAUACACUAAUUACUUUCAUCUACAUUGAUGAAUGAAAAAGAUGCCUUUAAGAGUUAAUAGCAGCGGAUGAUUUACAACUCGUCAAUAGUUUAUUACCAGACAUAAAUCUGUUGUUAGCAUCGCGCUAAUUCAAGGAUAAAGCGAAUAUCGGAAAAGAAUCAAAUAUCGCGCACGAAAUACUGCAUAAUUCUCUCUUGGGUCCGGCUGAAAAUACUUUAUGUAGAUUCAGUAUUAUCUGUAAGCGAUAGUGAGUGUGUGUUACGAACUUUAAAAGAGAGAAGGGAAGAGAAAGAGAUGAGAGAGAACCAAAU